AUGGCCCCCCUCCGCUCCACAUACGCUGGAGUGACACUCGACGCAGAGAAAACCCUCCUUUGCAAAUGUGGCCAUCCCAUGAAGAGGUACACUGUCAGGGACGCGAAGAGUCCAUACCGAGGGGAACAAUAUCUGGCUUGUAGAAGACAUUCCAAUGACGAAGAACACUGCAAGAGCUGGAUAUGGUUCGACGAGACGGCCCAGGUAGAACAACUCGUUCCUCGUCUUGCUGUUCCGCAGACGCCGAAGAAACAGACCGAUAUACGGGAGUUUGGGCAGUUGACGCCGCCGAAAUCGUCGUGUCUGAAGAGGAGGCGGGUCAACGUGGACCCUGGGAGGCUGGACGAGCUCCCGGGGGAUGAGAUAGAAAAAAGUGACCUUUCGGAAGGGACUCUAGAUUCGCCGUCUCGGAGUAGGCAAAGGAUGCUCGGAAAAGAUGAGUCGACGCCGGUAGCUCGUUCGCUGUUCGUAUGCCAGGAGGGAAUGGGUACUGUGCGACAUCAACCUCUUCAGAGACUAGGGACUCCGCCUCAUCGAGUCGGGGAUUCAAGUACACCACAAAAUCCCAGACUUCUUAGCUCUGGAUUGUUUACUCCGGGUUCUGGCCGUGGCCAUAGAAAGCGGUGGAUUGGUAUGGACGCACCGGUAACUCCGACUAAACAAAACCAUAUUUUUGCGUCUCCAGCUUGUUUAGUGGACGACGAUAUCAGUGAUUCGGAUUCGUACGGCUGGGAUGAGGAGCUGGUCGCUGCUAUGUUAGAUAAAUCGGACCAGGUACAGCCAUCGACAUAA